CAGCGGCAGUGCGCAGGGAUGCAGCGGAGCAAAAUCUGGACCUCAAAGCCGGUUUAAGACUCAGCUGAAGACUGGAUGCUCUAACAGCAGGAUCAUAGCGGGCGGUGCGUGGGCUGCGGGAUGGGCGUGGGCGGAAGGCAUGACCAGAACCAUGUAGGAUGAUGUUUCCGGGCGGGAGGGGUUAGGUUAGGGGGGGAGGGAAGCACGAGCAGCGAUCAGAUUUCCCCCGAGGGGGGUCAGAAUGAUGGAGAAAGGCGCGCAGCAGCCUCCGCCCAAAGGAGCCGAGGGUCCGGGGGAGGACGUGGCCAAGAUCCCGGACGAGGAGCUGCUGAGGUGGAGCAAAGAGGAGCUGGUCCGGAGGCUGCGGAGGGCAGAGACGGAGAAGAGGGGGGUCAUCGUGGAGCACGGCAAUCUGAUGAGGGAGGUGAACCGGAGGCUGCAGCAGCACCUGAACGAGAUCCGGGGGCUGAAGG